UCUCUUCUAGGUGUCAAAACAUAACAAAUUUCACCCGUAGCAAACCAAAUAACUUCUCGUGUCCGGCGAAUGUUUCAGGACGCUACGUCACAGUGUUCUUUCCGCAGGACAAGCCUUUAAUUUUGUGUGAAGUGAAGAUCUUCGGAGAAAUAAAAGAAUCCCCCUUUAAGUUGAUCAAGGAGAACAAGACAUGGGCGGAUGCGCUGUACUACUGCAGGGACCGCUACGAGACCCUGGCUUCCAUUGUUGACGAAGAGACCCAGACGUGGGCUGAGCUGGAGGCCGAAAAUUCCAGCACUCCCUUUGUGUGGGUGGGCCUUCGCUACACCUGCACCCUCGACUUCUGGUUCUGGGUUGAGGAUCAGCCUGUAAAAUUCACUCGCUGGGGUCCAGAAAGUAAGAAAGAAGAGUGUAACAUGAGUGGUGCCAUUGAGAAACAAGGGAACCAAUCGUGGUCCACUGAAUGGGCCGACAACAAUUAUAAUUUCAUAUGCAAAAAAUUUGUCCCACCACCUUCAGUUUCUCUCUAGUGGCGUUGAUGUAUUGUGAAAAUGUCUGGGAAAGGGCAUUUCCACUUUUAUCUGAAGCUUUAACAACAAUUCCUAUAUUACUUAAUUUUAGUAAGUUUUUUUGUUACUCAGUUUAUGUAACACCUCCUCUCACUGAUGGUCAAGUUUACUUAUGAUGGUAAUAUAAAGUCAUCAGUUAAAUGUUCCUUGUGUUAACUUUAGUUGAUAUUUUAUAUAUAUUUGACAUUUUAAACCUUGAUUGUAACAAAACACUUACACGUUCAGCCCUCUAUAUGCUAUUUAAAUAUAUAUGGUUUAAUUGGUACUUUUAAGUGUGUGUGUGUGUGUUUUUUAUUUUCACGGAUCAGAGGAAAUAUAAGGAAUUAAGUCGGUUGGACACUGAGCCUGCAAACUAUUUUUAGGGGAUGUUGCUAUCAGUUUUAAUACAAUUUCAGAUUCAUUUUAACACUUCAUCAUUGUUAUGUUGAUGAAGCCUCCAUGUGGCACCUUCAGCUCGGGCCGGAACCUUUCCGCCCGGAACUUGUUUCCGCCGUGCAGUUUCUAACGAAGGACCGCGUCACUGCGGAUUUAAAACAAAACAGCACAGGAGCCUCUGCUCGCCUCAGCUGUUGCUACUCACGCGCUCACCUGUUGGAAUCAGGGAAGCGAUCGUCGUUUUAGUGUCCGAUGGAGAUAUUCGCCACGUUUGAUGACUCUGUGUUUUUGGAGGCGAAAGACCGAGUCGCCGUGACUCUGUCUUCUUACAACGCGAAAGUGUGCGAGCCGCAGUGGUUCUGUGAUAAAACUGCCCUCAAUACAGAUGAUCCUUUGGAGAAGCAGAAAAUCUAUAAAUUCCGAGGUGACUUGGCUGUGAGACAGGGACAACAUCAGGACGCUUUGGAUGCGUACAGCAGCUGCCAGGAAUGGAUUGCUGGCAACAACCUGACCAUCAGAAGAGAUGUACUGGAGGGAAUGGCGCGAUGCUGCACCAAACUGGGACAGAGAGACCGGGCGCUGGGCUUUGCCGACUUACUGAGCAAAGAAGCGUCCAACCUCUGUCACAUGACCAGCCUCCUGCUGCUCAAGGUCAGCAUCUACCAGCAUUUUAGUGACAUAGAAUCAAAGAUGUCAGCUCUGCAGCAGCUGUGUAGCAUUCUGCCUUUUAACCCCUGGCACUGGUACAACCUUGGACAGACGUGUCUGGAGCUGCUGGAGAACUCCCGUACCACAGGACCCUUUGAAUCAUCAGAGGAGCAGAGUGAUGGAGGGGCUGAGGACAAACGGGGGGAGGCAGCGGCAGAGCUCAAUGAGAACAGAAUCUGGCUGAAAGCUUGCAGCUGUUUCAUCAGGACGAGACUCCUGUUGAGAAUCCUUCGACAGCAGCAGUCCUCCUUCGUGUUGCAGCGCACUGAAAGCACCCUUCAGGCGAGCGACCAAGCGUUGCAGCGGCUGAGUCCCAGAGAAACGACCCUGCAGGCCCUCACCGAGGUGUUGUCAGAGGACCUGAUUCCAGAGAAGAUGAGGGAGGAUUGCCAGGACGGGGACAGCCUGGCCAGUGUGCGUGUGCAGAGCUUCAAGGAGCGCUGGUGGAACAGGAUCUUACUGACCGGCGUGCUGGAGGCUGAUGCUCCGCAGCGAAGAGCUUGCUGACGGUCCUGUCCCCCCCUGGAUGAACCGAAGGCCUGCAACACAAGUGGAAACGCACAAAUACGGUUCAAAUGCUGAACUGAUGCUGACGAUGUACGAAGUACCACGACAAUAAGGACACAUUCUGCUGCUCACUUUAUGGGAGAAUCUUACAGUACAAUGCUUCAUCCACUUCAUAUCUCAAAAAUGAUUUAAAUACAGAUAUUUAAUAUAUAUCUGUUCUGAAAACAGCCCUACGGGAUGGUUCUUCUCUACAUUUUGAGCUGUCAGGUCUGCCUCUACUCUGACUUCACAUUAACACAUGCGAUAGUAUAAAUCUUAACUGUUUUUAUACUAUGACUUUUUUCAAGAAAUUGAUCUAGUAUUUCUUUCAUGGCAUUUUCUACAUAAUAGACCAUUACUUUUUUUAUUCUUUCAAGAACAAUUUCUUUGGACUUCACGGCUUGGUUUGUGAAGGUGGGACCUGAUUCUGUUCAAUCAUCAACUGAAUAGCAAGUGGACGAUGAUCAGCCCAGUUUGUGUCAUGUGAAUACUUAUGUAUGUUAUAUUUUUGUUCUUUAGUUUUCAACAGAUUUGCAUAACUUUCCCCAAAACUGUUUUCACUUUGUCUUUUUAGGAUGUGUGUAGAAUUCUGAGGAAAACAUACAAUUAGCAUACAUAAGCUCUCUGGAGUCACUCUAUAUCACACAGUGUAAACUUUACAAUGUAACAGAAAUAUCUUGUUUUGAUGGCAGAAUAGUAAAAAGUGGUAUGUUCUUUAAAUUCUAUUCAAAAUGAUCAACUCUUA